UUAUUUUGUGGUCAUUAUGGUCGAGCUAUGAUAGCUGCAUUCACACUCCACGCUUUUACACUGUGCGCAUGCAGAAGCCACGAUCAGCUAACCAGCUACACGUCUAUGGUGUCGCAUGAAGACCAGACGCCCCAUGCACCAUUUCAUCACAUCAGCUAUGGAUUCGGGAGACACAGCCCCUGAUUCCUGGGAACAGGAGGACGAUGUUGAGGCCACGGCUGAGACUGAACUUCAGUCCGCCUUUAUCGGGCUCAAUGUCAACGCUCCGGAGUUCGUGCCGUCUUUUCUUUCCCGGGCCCCGGCGGAAAACGCCACGUCUGACGGAACAGAUGCAGUGGCCAGCAUGGAGAUCUCAGAACCUGUGGUUGCAGUGGAGAAUGGAGAGACAGAUGCUAGUACAGUAGACACGUGGGAGCAGAAAGAGGAGCCAGAUACAGAAGAACCAGGGGCUGGAAGCCCACCAGAGAUCGGAUGCUGUGGAGAUGAUGCACAGGAUGAAAUGAUGGAGGAGGAUGAGGAGAUGCCGAUCCCCAAACUACCUCCGCCUCCACCUGAUGCUCCCAAGAAAGAACAUGUUAAUGUUGUGUUCAUUGGACAUGUUGAUGCAGGGAAAUCUACAAUUGGUGGACAGAUCAUGUAUCUAACUGGUAUGGUGGACAAACGAACGCUGGAGAAAUAUGAACGGGAGGCAAAAGAGAAAAACAGAGAGACCUGGUAUCUCUCCUGGGCUUUAGACACAAACCAAGAGGAAAGAGACAAAGGAAAAACAGUAGAAGUUGGACGAGCUUACUUUGAAACAGAGAAAAAGCACUUUACUAUUCUUGAUGCUCCGGGCCAUAAAAGCUUCGUUCCCAACAUGAUUGGAGGGGCUUCGCAAGCUGAUUUGGCAGUACUGGUCAUCUCUGCCAGAAAGGGGGAGUUUGAGACUGGUUUUGAAAAGGGAGGGCAGACAAGGGAGCAUGCAAUGCUGGCCAAAACAGCUGGAGUCAAACACCUAAUAGUUCUCAUCAACAAAAUGGACGAUCCCACUGUGAACUGGAGUGUCGAUAGAUAUGAGGAAUGUAAAGAGAAGUUAGUGCCAUUUCUGAAGAAGGUGGGCUUUAAUCCAAAGAAAGAUAUUCACUUCAUGCCCUGCUCUGGGAUGACAGGAGCCAACCUGAAGGAAUCUUCUGACUUAUGCCCCUGGUAUACGGGAUUGCCAUUUAUUUCCCAUCUUGAGAGCCUGCCAAACUUCACCAGACCAACUGAUGGCCCCAUCAGAUUGCCUAUUGUAGACAAAUACAAGGACAUGGGAACCGUAGUUCUUGGGAAACUGGAGUCUGGAAAUAUAGGCAAAGCACAACAACUUAUUAUGAUGCCAAAUAGGCACACAGUGGAGGUGUUGAGUCUGCUCUCUGAUGAUGUGGAGACAGAGUACGCUGGCCCUGGCGAAAACUUAAAGCUUCGACUCAAAGGCAUUGAGGAGGAAGAGAUUCUCCCAGGCUUUAUCCUAUGCAACGCUGAGAACCUUUGCCACUCGGGGCGCACUUUCGAUGCCCAGAUUGUCAUUAUUGAACACAAAUCCAUUAUAUGCCCAGGUUACAAUGCAGUACUACACAUCCAUACCUGCAUAGAAGAAGUGCAGAUAACAGCCUUAAUCUGUAUGGUGGACAAGAAGACAGGAGAAAAGAGCAAGACUCGUCCACGCUUUGUCAAACAAGACCAAGUAUGCAUUGCCCGUCUUAGAGCAGCAGGAACUAUCUGCUUAGAGACUUUUAAAGACUUCCCUCAGAUGGGACGCUUCACCUUGAGAGAUGAGGGUAAGACAAUCGCAAUCGGAAAGGUUUUGAAGUUGGUACCCGAGAAGGACUAAAUGUGUAUAAUGGUGCACUCUGGGAUAAAGGAGGAUGCAUUGGCUCCAGAUCUCCUCCAGGCUGUUCCAUCCUUUAAUGUGGAUCAGUCUAGAAAUAUUACUUUGGAUAAAGGACAUUAUCAAAGUAACACUAUCAAUUUUACGAAGAACAUAAAUAUAGAAAGACAAGCUCAGUGUGACGGCUUUCUCAUAUUGAGAGCUCAGCUAUGCCACUCAUGUAGCCCAAUUUUCAAAGCCAGUUUCUUUUCACUGUUACACUUUAAAUCUUAAAAUGGAUGCAAUUUUCUUUUAAGACACUGGCGUUUAAGUGUUGGAUAUACAGAUGACAGAGGUAAUUAGGUUAGGUUAAAGCCAUUCCUGUGUGGCCUGGCAUUUCAAUGUUCAAAUCACCCAUACCCCCCAAAACAGUGUAGGGUCUCGCUUUUUAACAGCAUUACAUGGGCAGUUAGAGAAUGCUGACUGUUUAUUUUGGCUUAAUAUAGGGUCCACACAGGGUCUAAGCUUGCCAGUAACCUUCUGAAUUACAUGGCAAGUUCUUUAGGGGUAGUACUUAUUAAAAUCACAUUAAGGGGAAUGCCAUACAAAAGUGGCCUGGGCCCUUUAAAUAUAAUGACACUUAAGGUAGUGAUGUAAUUAUGCACAAGAUGACUGUAUGAGUUGUUUACUGUAAUGUCAUUACAUAAUAAAAGACAAAUGACAAAUGCACUCAACUGGUAAAAAAUAAAUUGUCACAUGAACUAGUGUAUAUUUUGUACACUACUGUUUGGAUGUAAACAUCAAACUUCACAAAAUAGAUAUUAAAUGUUAAAAUGAAAUCAAAUAAAAAAUCAUUGCUUGUA